UAGAAUUCAUGCAGAGAUUCAUCAAUUUCAAUAUAUGAUGAUUGAGUGAGAGAAGAAAUUAAUGAUAGUGGGGCUAUAUAAAUGGGAGGCAAGCCUCAUGUGACGGAAGUUUCAAGGCAAAGUGCCUCUCACUCACUAAGGACGCAACUGAUUUUAGACAGCUGAAAGGAGCAGCGGCUUCUAUACCACACUCCCAUCUGCUGCUAUUCCAUUUUGCUUUCAACUAACCUCUCUUCAUUCUACUGCUUAUCUGUCUUCUUUUGGCUUCUUUGGUCCCCAUAAGAUGCGUAGCAUGGUAAGCUCUAUCUCUGCCAAAGGCAUCGCCGCCAUUGUAGGCGUCGGACCGAAGCUUGGGCGAUCCAUUGCCCGCAAGUUUGCUCAUGAAGGAUACACCGUUGCCAUCCUGGCCAGGGACUUGGGGAGAUUGUCAAGAUUUGCAGAUGAGAUAGCGAGGGAAGAGAAAGCGCAAGUGUUUGCAAUCAGAAUAGACUGCUCGGAUCCUAGAAGCGUUAGGGAAGCAUUUGAAGGGGUUCUCUCACUAGGAUUUGUUGAGGUUCUGGUAUAUAAUGCAUACCAAUCAGUUUCAUGGCACCCCACAAACUUUACUGACAUUAAAAUCGAUUCCUUUGAGAAAUCUCUCGCUGUGUCCUCCAUUGGUGCUUUCCUUUGCGUUCAAAAGGUACUCCCCGGGAUGGUGGAAAGAGGAAAAGGAACCAUUCUCUUCACUGGCUGCUCAGCUUCACUCAAUGGCAUUGCUGGUUUCUCUGAACUAUGCUGUGGAAAGUUUGCCCUGAGAGCAUUAUCCCAAUGCCUGGCAAGAGAAUUCCAGCCUCUCGGUGUUCAUGUUGCCCAUGUUAUCAUUGACGGAGUCAUUGGUUCACCAAGGGGGGCAUCGGCAUCGCAGAGAGGGUUGGUUGGGGAACAACAGCAAAGCGGCGGAGUAGGAGGGGAGGUCGGGGCGGUGAUGAUGAUGGACCCAGACGCCUUGGCUCAAACCUACUGGCACUUGCACGUUCAAGACCGGACCGCUUGGACCCAGGAGAUUGAUCUCCGUCCCUCCAUCACCACAUUCUAUUAGCCCUUCAAUAUCCCCUCUCUUUCUUUCUUUCACCAUUUGCUCAACUUGCUCCCUUUGCCUUUCAAUCAUUUCCAAGUCUGUACUGCCCUUAUCAUAUCAUUCUAUACUUUCCCUUUCUACACUUUAUAUUUGCUUUACAGAUGUUUGUUGGGUUUUCAAGUCUCAUUAAGAUUUGCUAUGUAAAUUCACUCUAGGGUUCUUUUAUCUUCUUCUCCUUCUUUUGUUUUGAUUAAGUAUAAAUAAAAAUAUGUUUACAAUUUCAUCCUCUAAA